AUGGCAAAGGCUGCUAAUGGAAAGAAGGCGUCUCCAGUGAAGAAGGUGACCCGAAAGGGAGGAAAAGUCAAGGAUCCAAACGCGCCAAAACGCGCCAUGUCGGCAUUCUUCUUCUGGAUGCAGGAGAACCGCGAUCGCAUCAAGAAACCGGGAAUGGGAGUCGCCGACGUCGCCAAAGCUGCUGGUGUCGAAUGGGGAAAACUCACCGACAAAUCGAAGUGGGAGAAGAAGGCCGCUGACGACAAGAAGCGCUACGAGGCCGACAUCGCCGCCUACAAGAAGUCGACCUAA